AUGGCUCCUACGCAUAUCCUGCCUCGUCGUGUUCGGCGUCUCCCUCUUCAUCGCCAUCGCGACCUUCAAGCAGCUCUUCGGGUUCAACUACACCAAGCCAUCCCCUUGUUCAUCAUCUACAUCAUCUGGCCCCUCAUCUGCGUCCCCAUCUACAUCAUCCUCCAGCUCGUGCUCGUCUUCCGGACUCUGGAGGACCGGUGGCCCAUUGGUGAUAUUAUCUUUGGCACGGUGUUCUAUGCUGGGGCGCAGGUGCUUUUGUUCGCGUUUAGCGUGACGAUUUGCGAUGCGAUCAAGCAUUAUAUCGAUGGCCUGUUCUUCUUCACGCUGUGUGUGCUGCUGAGCGUGAUGAUGGUGUAUAAGUACUGGGACAGUAUCACGCGCGAAGACCUCGAGUUCUCCGUCGGCUCCAAAGCCGCCGUGUGGGAAGUCAAAGACCCGCUCCUCGCGCCCUCAGGACCGGAAUACGACGAAGACACAGCAUCAGAACGGUACACCUACGCCUCGUCCGUCGGCUCGCCUGGGUUCAACAACAACAACUCGAGCUACGGCUACGGUGCAGGUAUGGGAGGGGGCGGGGGUAAUGGUGUGCCCCCAAUGCCGCCGCUGCCUGGGUAUGCGUCGAGAGGGGGCAACGCGCCGAGCCUUGUAGGUGGUGUUAGUGGGACGCAGUUGUAUGGCGGCCAAGGGCAAGGGGGACGGAGGGCGUACCCGCCUGGAGCUGAUCGGUGA